CCACCAUCGUCGCAUGCUCAUACGUGUUGCUUCAAUCGUCUUGUCUAAUUUUCAACUUCCCAACCCCUGAUCUUUUUUGGUUUUUUUCCCAUUCACUUCUCUCUAAGCCUCAUUGGAACCAACGCCACAGAUCCGUCAACAUCAUCCUUCGGCGCCUUGGGCGCUCGCCGACUCCAAAAUAGCCAGGAUCACGAAGGCGUUUCAAAGUAGGAUUAGACUUUAGUUAAUGAUACCCGUUGCUUUGUUCUAACAUCAAAUUAGGGUUGUCAAUGACCGCCUUCUGCGACAUGGCGCGAGACUCGCGCGAUCCACUUGUACUCGGCGACCCUGCCCCACGGAACCCAACUGACAACCCGCGGUUUCUGGUGCACAAGCGCAACCCGCACUCGGGAGAAGGCCGUGCGCCCGUGACAUUUCCGAUAUUAUGCUUCGUCGUGGAGACGACCAUGGCUCACCUGGACAACGGUGUUCAGCUCUGCCAUUCCUCCCGCGAUGACUGCGCAAAUCUUGCUCUCGAGUGCAAACAGCUGCUAGUUGUCCCGAACUUGCUCAACGGGUUCCCGUUCCGUCUCGACAACGGAGUGCUUCCAUGGGCGCCAGAUACCGCUCUGUGCCUGACCUCAGGAGGCCGUGCAGUUCCUGCUGCCGACCUUGGUGCCGCCUCACCGGAGACACUCGACAAACAUGGCAGACACCCGACCUUUGGAGCGAGUUCGGAGCCGAACAACGGUGCUUAUGCGGGAUAUCGAGCAGCUGAUUGCGAUUCUUCGUACUCUCCUGCCCGUAGUUCUCACAAAGGCCCGGGAAAGUCUCUGAUUACCUGCCGGAAGCCCUUCGCUCAUGACUUCUUCGGGCACCCCAAUUCGACGGUAGCAACCACGACUCCCAUGACGCAACCCGGCUUCGAAUGGCGCGGGGAUGGAAAGGCGCAGCGCACUCCCCAGCCGAUCUCCCCCGACGCCCGACUUCCACAUACGACUGACCGGCACGGCGCGACAUCAGCCUUCAAUGUCACGUCUCUCUCCGGCCAGAGUGAACCUGGAGCGAAUCUGCUACUCGUUGCUGAUGCUGCCUCGACGUUUUUGCUGACGGCCCGCAUGUUGGCAGCAUUCGUUGAGUGGCAGUGGCCGAGGUGUGAGCCCUGCCCAGACCUUGGUUGGUCUCGGCCGGGGACACUGGUUGCGUGUGCCUAAACACCCAAGAAGGCUGAACAGGGGCAGAUGCCUCGUCCGGGGCCUAGGUUGUUAAUGGUGCAGAUGGCAGAUAAAGAACAGAAAACAGAAAAAAAAAGAUGGGAAAGGACAGAAACAGGAAGGAGAAGGAUGCGGAUUAUUAGAAGUUUCUCUGAAACUUCCCGACCUUGGA